GAUCGGAUCUACCUUGAUCAGCGGCGCUGUUAUGUUGCUAUUGGAAGUUGUCCCUACUAAAGGGCAUGCUUUGAGCUUUAGCUGCGGAACAAACGCGAAGUAAAUAAUGUACACGACAGAGCGCAGGCGAAUGAGCCUGCGAGACUCAAAGAGGAAGGAUCCAGUACGGGUGUCAGCGGGAAGUUUGUGGCAGGACUCUUUGGCGUUAGAGCUGAGCGCCAGCAACGGCUCGGGUAAACAGAUCGUUUCUCCGCGGAGUCGAACCAGAGCAGUGUCAGUGGCAUACAUUGUCAAAGAGGACGCGUCAGUGCCGCACACCGAAGAAAACUUAUCACUGAAGUGUCUGAAGGAAGCCUGCGCGGACGCACACGCUCUUCUCAAAACGAUUUCAUUUGACAGAAUUUCCCAAGGCACUACAGACAUUCUGGAUAGUUUCUACAAUGCAGAUGUUGCAGUGGUGGAAAUGAGCGACACCUUUUGCCAGCCUUCCCUUUUCUACCAUCUUGGAGUGAGGGAAAGUUUCAGCAUGACUAAUAACAUCAUUCUGUAUUGUUCUAAGCAAGAUAGUGAUCUGCAAGCUCAUAAGGAGCAGUGCGGAAGUUACACCUUCAUCCCAUAUGUAGUGUCACCUCAGGGCAAAGUGUUUGCCUGUGACGUUGCCAUGAUGACUUGUAUCAAAGACCUGAUGCAACCUAGUUUCCAGCUGGAGCCGCUGCUCAUCCCCCUGGUUGAGAAACUGGUGCACCUGCUGAACAAUGUGCACAUUCAGUCCAGUGAGUACUUCCGGGAGUCAAUCAGGCAUGAGAUUCGCAUGGCACGGGAGCGGUUCAGCGGCAGAGCCUUGAGCGAGGAGUUAAAUCACAUCCAGCAACGCCUGGAUAGUGUAGAUCUGCUUUCUCCGGAUAUUGUAAUGAACCUAUUGUUGUCCUACAGGGACGUUCAGGAUUACGAUGCCAUGAUAAAACUGGUGGAGACUCUGGACAACCUGCCUAUGUGUCAGGUGGCGAAGCAUCAGAAUAUCAAGUUUCACUAUAUAUUUGCUCUAAACAGGAGGAAUCAGCCCGGAGAUCGUGAAAAGGCUUUGAAAGAAAUUCUGCCAAUUGUGGAGUCAGGGAACAAGGUGGCAUCAGACGUCUACUGCCUGUGUGGACGCAUCUACAAGGACAUGUUCAUGAGCUCAGCGUUCACUGAUGAGUCCAGCAGAGACCAGGCCUGCUAUUGGUAUGGGAAAGCCUUUGAGACAGAGCCAACUCUUCACUCGGGCAUCAACAAUGUGGUCCUCCUGAUAGCAGCUGGCCAUGAAUUUGAGACGUCUAUAGAGUUGCGCAAACUAGGUGUGACUUUAAGCACCCUGCUGGGUAGAAAGGGUAGUCUGGAGAAGAUGAAGGACUACUGGGAUGUAGGUUUCUACCUUGGAGCAAACAUUCUUGCAGGUGAAUACAGGAAAGUCAUUGAGGCCUCUGAGAAGCUCUACAGACUCAAGGCCCCUGUUUGGUAUGUGGCAUCUAUUAUGGAGACAUACAUCAUGUACCGUCGGUUUGCCAAGUUACCUGAAGUGAGAUCUCCUAAACAAGAUACAGUGGACUUCUGGAUGGAGCUGCUUUUGCAGACCUGUAAACCCACUGCCUCAUCAAACUGUUGUCCAGUGCUCAUUCUGGAGCCCAGUAAAGUCUUCCAACCAGCUAUUGUGUCUGUGAACGAGGAGGACCAAAGUCGCACUGUCCAGCUAAAACACGCCACACGCUUAAAGAAGGGCUUAAACCAAUGGACUUUCCAAGCAUCUGAAAUUCGGGGAGUGAGUGCUUCAAAGAUUGAUGAGCGGAGCUGCUUUCUGUAUGUCCACUACAACUCGGAUGAUUUCCAGCUCUGCUUCCCAUCUGAGAUUCACUGUAAGGGUUUCUGUGAGUUGGUAAACUCCCUUCUCCAGGAGGCUGAAAACCACGUUCAAGAUAUAGAACAUACACUCGGAGAAAUACUAGAGUAUAUCUAUGAGACCAAUGAGACUGGUGACAAGGUAAUACUUGGUAAAGGAACUUAUGGUGUAGUGUACGCUGGAAGGGACCUGAGCAACCAAGUACGCAUCGCCAUCAAAGAGAUCCCCGAGAAGGACAGCACGUAUUCUCAGCCCCUGCAUGAGGAGAUUGCUCUGCACAAGAGGCUUAAACACAGGAAUAUUGUCCAGUACCUGGGCUCUGUCAGUCAGGAUGGUUUCAUCAAGAUCUUCAUGGAAGAAGUACCUGGGGGUAGCUUGUCUUCUCUUUUGCGCUCCAAAUGGGGUCCUCUGAAAGACAACGAGCCCACCAUCAUUUUCUACACCAAGCAGAUACUUGAGGGUCUAAAGUACCUUCAUGAGAAUCAGAUAGUCCACAGAGACAUUAAGGGUGACAAUGUACUGAUCAACACUUAUAGUGGAGUUUUGAAGAUAUCUGAUUUUGGAACCUCCAAACGGUUAGCAGGGAUUAACCCCUGUACUGAAACAUUUACUGGAACUCUGCAGUACAUGGCCCCUGAGAUUAUAGACCAAGGGCCUCGGGGUUAUGGGAAGCCGGCAGAUAUCUGGUCUCUAGGGUGCACUAUCAUAGAAAUGGCAACUGGCAAAACACCCUUUCAUGAGCUGGGAAGUCCCCAGGCAGCCAUGUUCAAGGUUGGCAUGUUUAAGAUCCACCCCAAGGUUCCAGAGUGCAUGUCAGAUGAGGCCAAAGGUUUCAUCAUGAACUGUUUCGUGCCAAAUCCAGAUGAAAGAGCCACAGCAGCAGAACUGCUUAAGGACCAUUUCCUAAAGUCGUCUACGAAGAAAAAAGCUAAAGCUGUUCAGGAAUUCCUGUCUAUAACUGACUAUCAGCGCAGUAUGUCUGUGCCUAUCUCCAUCCUUGUGGAGGAUACUGAUUCUUACUCUGACUUGGUUGACCUGUCUUGUUCUCUGGACCUGACGAGGUCGCAAUCCUCUCUCAGAGCAAAAGAAAUCUCAGAGAGCCCACCAAGCACCAACAGCUUCCUGUUAAUACCAGAUGACUCCACAUCAGACAUGAGCAGUUCAUCAUCAACAGAGGAGAGUACUGGCCUUUUUAUGCUGAGAAAGGACAGUGAGAGGAGAGCCACGCUGCACAAAGUUCUCACUGACUACAUAAGUCAUGUUGUGUCUAGUAUACAACAGUCUGUGCCUCAGUAUGGUGAUGGAUCGUCAGUCACUUCAGACCACAUCACCAAACUCAUUAUUUGUUUGCGUGACAACAUCCGUUCCCCGGACAGGAAGCAGCUUACCAGCGGCUUGCUGGAGCUUCGAGCUAUGCUUGUAGCUGCCUCAGUACCUCUGAACAACCUACAGGUGGUGCUAUUUAACUUCCAAGAUGCAGUGAAAAAAGUGUUGAAGCAACAAAAGGUGAAACCUCAUUGGAUGUUUGCUCUGGACAAUCUGCUGAGACAGGCAGUACAGGAUGCCAUAACUGUAUUACUGCCAGAACUCAAACUCCAUCUGCAGUCCUCAUUCGAGAGUGAGGACAACACCUCUGAGGAGCUGUUUGCCGAUCCAGACACCCCUGUAGCUCUAGUCCCUGACCAGCUGGUGGCACCAGGAUACACACAGCAGCCAGAUCCAGCAAAUGACGUGCUGCCUAGAGCCAACCCUAAACCUGCAGACUUCAACCUUAACACUAACUGGCCCCUCAGCGAGAACCUGAGAGAUCUGCGACUGGAGACCAGAAGACUGCUGAAUCAUCUAAGCGAGAAGGAGACAGAGUAUCAGGAGCUACUGAGGAACUCUCUCUGGAGAAAACAACAGCAAAUAGACGCACUGAGGAAAGAAUCAGUCAAUGAGGAUGUGGAGUUGGCUUCACAGAAAAGCUCCAGACCAGAGAAGAAAGCCUUAGCACGCUGGCUAAAGACUGUCCCCGUAGAUCAAGACACUAUCAACAAGUUGCUCUCUCAUGAGUUCACCUUGGACAGUCUCCUCCGUAUGGCCGCCAAGGAUGACUUGAUGUACUGUGGAAUAAGAGGCGGCAUGCUGUGUCGAAUCUGGGCAGCUGUAACAGCUUUCCGGAAGACCCAGCUCAGCACGCACAAUGAGGACAGCGAGGACACCCUUCUUUAAUGGCUGCUGAUGUAACACAUCAAAGGGCAGGUUCAUAGACAGGCUGGCCCUGUGUGUGGUCUGGAGGAACAGAGGCAUUUCAGGUUGCUGAUGUAAAGCAGAUUAAAUUUUAAAUACAUUUUUAGACUGUGAAUGUACUAUAAAGGAGCAUCAGAAGCUUUUUACUGAAAAGCUAGGUCAUGUCAGAAUUUUAUUUUGUUAUAUUAUAUUUUUACAUUUUAUCAGUGUGUCAGAAGGUAGAGCUUUAAUUGUAUCUUUAGAAUAUAUUUUUAAAGGGGGAUUUAAUUGGUCUUAUACAUUUCAUCUAGUGACGCUGUUUUCCUGUUUCACGGAAAGCUAAGCAGGAUUUGAAGUUAUUAGAGACUAUCUAUAAGACUAACCUGUAUUCCUUGUUUGGAAAACAAAUGUUAUUUGUACUAUAAGCCCUUUUAAAUUCAUUCAAAUAAUAAACAGGAAGCAUUUUUUUAACAGUCAUUCAGACUGGCUUGUUAUCUCCACACAGUCCUUUGUUUCUAACAUGGAGAACGUUUUUUUCAGGGUGUGAUGUAGCAUGGAAGAAGUGAUGUAGUGGUGAACAGUCUUUAAAUUCCACACGUGUUUCCUCAUCUGUUUUCACUGUGUUGACGUCUCCUUAGAGACAGUGACGUGAACUUUGUGUGUGCGUUGGUCGAUAUGUGUGAUGCAUGUGUCUGAAAAGGUCUAUUGUAUGACUUUUUGCUGUUCUGGGUGGUUUCAUGCUGUCUAGUACUUAGUUCUUCAGUUUAUGAAAAAGAGUUAAAUUUUAAGUCUAAACAUGAGAAACUGGGCUAGAGUAAAAUGACGAGACUUAAAAAAUUUGACCUAAAACCCUGAAUGGAAAAAGUAGAAGAUGGAUGAAUGGAUUGGUGGAUAAAUUCGCAAGUGCCAAAAUUUAACAGCCGUUCUACUCGUAAAGGCUGAACACUUUUAACUUUUCUGAUGCUAAUAAUUGACUCAUCUCUGUCAAACCGAAAACCAGGCUAAUUGGUGCCUACACAUAAAAUUAUAAAAUUAUAUCUGAGUGCUGCAAGCUUGCAUUUUUCCCCACCUGAAACGUUACAAAAUUGCAUUUAGGAGGAGAUGAAUUUAAGACAGUCUGAAAGACUAAGAAUGCUAACAUAAAAGUACCUCUACUGAACAUAAAGGCAAAGAAAAACUGAAGUAAGCAAAGGUUGUCAACCAGUAGGGGUCAUUGCUGACACAAUGCUGGAGACAAAAUGGGACAAAAUUGAUCUCUUUGGACUGUGUGGCAAAGGAAACCUUGCACAGGGAAGAAUCUGCAAAGUCAGAAUGGAAAGGCAGUCCUCUCUGGAGAUCUGUGGAUACCUCCUGCAUAGAGGUUUAAGAGAAAAUUCCUUAAUGAAGAAUAAAAAGAAAAUGAAAAAAAAUGUGAUUUGUGUCUGUGAGGUGUGCCCACAGAUUUCCAUAUAUAUCAGUUAGUGCUUUUUACAGACUUAAGUCUGAAGAAACGUAAAGUUGGAUUGCUCUAGGCUAUCUUUUAACUUUUAUUAACCGUACUAGUAUUUAAAAAAUGGAUGAAUCCACUAUCAGAACAUCUAACUAUAAUUACAAUUUUCUAUGGUAUACUUGCAAUAUUAAACACUACCGAGAUACUAAUUAAAAUCCACUGUAGCUCAUAUCACUCGUACUAUAAUUCAAAACUGGCAUUUCCCUUUCCUGUGUUCACAGAUUUAUGAUAUGCUGUAUUCAUUCGUUGUCAUAAGGUCUGAAAAGCUCUCCACAGACUUGGCCAAAAUACUGAUUACGUCUGUCUGGCAGUAAAGAUCAAAAGCUCUGAUUUACCUUUGCAAUAAUUUAAGGGGCUCAGCAAAUCGGAAGGUGUAUCAGUAAAUCAAGUAAGGCAUCUUUCUCUUGUGUCCUUGGAUGCUGUCUCAGAGAAAAUUAAUCGCCCUGCUCGAGUAUUAUCAACCAGUUUUAACAAAUUUGACCAUCUCCUAUCUCCAGAUGCUUGCUACCUAUUAUUUGUUUAUCAAAGCAUGCAAGAUACACAAAGAAGCAUCCUCUUUAUAGUUGAUAUUUAAAAUAUGUAUUUAUAACUUUUGUAUUCAC